CUUCCACCGAAGGCAGACGGCUGUGGCGAAGCGGGAGUGCCUUCGUUGCUCACUUGUCCGACAGAGGUCUCACUCCUCAAGUGCAAGCGUUCUCGGGCUCAAUAGAGAUAUUCAGCCGUCACUAUUAUUUGAACGUGACUUUUGGAAAAAAAAAGACUAAUGACUAUAUUUUCCCAUAAAGAAUAUUUCCGUACGUGUAGCGCCUGUACACAUUUGGUAAUAUUCCAUAUUUGGUAGUAAGUCGACCAUCUGUGGCAGGGAAACAACCGCUGCCGCUGUGUCUUCACGGAAGGCAAAUGCGAAUCCGAGACACUUGAUCUUUCCUUCUUGGAUCCGGUUAUGAAAAGGGUUAUUUUCCAUGACUGCUUUUAAAUCGUGCUGUGCUUUGGGCGAGGUAAAACCGCACUGAAAACAUCGUGAGCAAGAUUCAUGGGAAUUUCAAUGCAGACCAAGUAGUGAUCUCGCACCUCUUUCAUGGCAUGAUUGGUUAUCUCGUCCAAAAUGGAGGAACAUCAUCAGCAAGGGAAGAUUGGUGGUAAUGGCAACGUCGAGAGCAAGAAAUCGGGCAGCGCGAAGGAGAAGUAUGGCCUUCGUCCGCGGACCAUCAUCAAGAGACUGCAACAAGAGAAGAGUCGUCAGGAGGUCCCCAAACCACGGCCCGCGAGGUCGAAGUCGCGCCCAGCGCCGUUGUCGAAGUACCGGAGGAAGACCGCCAACGCCCGCGAACGCCACCGCAUGAAAGAAAUCAACAACGCGUUCGAAUCCCUUCGCAAAGUCCUCCCGGCGUUGGAAAUCCACACCAGUUCCUCGUCCAUGACCAAAAUCACGACGCUGCGCAUGGCCGUCGGCUACAUCCGGGCCCUGUCGGAGGUGCUGGAGGACGACGGCGAGGCCAACCUGCUCUCCCUCCAGACGACGAUACACCAGUCCAUCCAGGACUCCCUCCAGCACUCCAUGCAGGCGACGCUGCCGUCGGCAGGCGACAUCUCCGUCCUGCAGCACGAGACUUCGAUGUCCUACUUCGCCCAGCAGUGCAUGCCGCACGUGAUGGAUUAUCGCCCUGGCUGCGGCCUCAUGUCGUCCUCGUCCAGCUCCUCCUUGGACCUUCGAGGCUCAGUGAGCAGCGGGAGCGACUUGGAGGAGCUGCUCUCUGACGACUCGGUGUUGCUGGAGGACAACCUCGACGUCUUCCACGACAUCCAGACCUUCUGCGAGGGGGACCCUCUAGAAGUGAUCCUCGCGCCGGACAAAAUUCACCCCCAGACUUUCACACACGAAAUGUGCAAUUAGAAACACGCUGAAUGGGUGACUUUACCCACGUGUGGAAGACAUAGUGUUUGGGCGAUUGUAUUUCUACGGGAAUAAAACGCUCUUUUAAAGAAAUAACACUAGAAAUAAGAGAAAGAAAUUCCUUUGUUGUUACCUAGUCAGAAGUUGUGUUGAUUAUCAUCGUCAUAUUAAGAGAAAUCCGAAGUGUCUCUUUGACAGUGUAAACAGAAUAUUGUGAUGCGUCAGAUGUAUGAAUAACGAAGGGAAACUGACCCGCACAUAAACGAUACUAGUCUGAUGAAUUAAGUGCCAUAUUAAUGUGACCUUUCCAGUUGCUGUCCUGUUAAUGUUAAAGAGAUUAAAAUGUUUUAAUCAUUGAUAGAUGUAGUUUUAUGUUCACGAUUGGUUUAUAUUUAUCUAGGUGUAGAUUGUGUAUCUUGUUUCCUUUUUUUACGUAAUAAGUAUUGAUGCUAAUAAAAGAUGCAAAUUUUA